CGUUUUGUGCUUGGAGUCGCAGUCUUCUGGAGCUGUACGCUACUAGACAUCGCCGUUGGUCUGUAGAAGUGGAGCGUAGCAAUGGUGGCGUGGCUGGAGGAAAAACCGGUCGUAACUUGCCUAACCUAAUCACAGCGAAGGAAAAGGAGAGAUGACACCAAGGGAAGUAAAGGACCCAGUGAUGACUCAGAAGGAAUCCGUCCCAGAAUGUUGCUGCGAGGACCUACAAUGUCAGGGGCGUUGUGUCCCAGAUUCAUUGUCAGACAGCGUGAACUUGAAAGUGACCAGCGGCAGCACUUUUUCCGAAGAAGAGCCAGUGCCAGCAGAGAAGUUUACGGCCAGACAACCAUUGGCUCCUGAUGGUGGCUGGGGUUGGGUUGUUGUGCUGGCUACAAUUCUUAUCUUGGCAUUGACUCUGGCUUUCCCUUCUUGUUUGGGGAUCUUCUACACUGAUCUACAAAACCAGUUUCAAGCCAGCAACAGUGAGACAUCAUGGGUGCCAUCUAUUAUGACAGCUGUGCUGCAUGCAGGAGGUCCUCUGUGCAGUAUCUUAGUGGAACACUAUGGCUGUCGUUUCACUGUAAUGCUUGGUGGGAUUUUGAGUGGCAUUGGCAUGGCUGCUAGCUCCUUCUCCCAGACGAUUGGUCAGCUUUAUCUCACUGCUGGGUUCAUCACAGGUUUUGGAUUUUGUCUGAGCUUUCAGCCAUCCAUCACCAUCAUGGGACAUUACUUUGUGCGCCGCAGACCACUUGCCAAUGCACUGGCAUCAACGGGCACUGCCCUUGGCUUGUCGACUCUUCCAGUUCUGGCCCAGUACCUGCUAAGCCACAUGGGAUGGAGAGGGAGCUUCCUUAUAUUUGGGGGUAUCUUGCUGAACUGUUGUGUUUGUGGGGCAGUCAUGCGGCCGUUGUUGCCUCGAAAAAGGAAGGAAGUCCAAAGCCAGUCGCACAAACAGAUAACCGGGAAAAAGGACAAAAUGGCACAAGUGGAAGCCAAGAAGAUGAGUAAUGGACUUCCAUCCCAUGUUAAACACAAUACUGGUAGAAAAUUAGCUUCCUUUACCUUAUUGCUUCAGAAGUACAUGGCCUUUGAUCUGUUCUGCCGUAACAAGCGCUACCAAAUCUAUGCAGUGGGGGUAACAUGGAUGAUGCUGGGAUUUGUCGUACCUUUGGUGUACCUUGUGCCUUACGCAACCACCUAUGGGAUGGAACAAAGCAAAGCUGCCCUGCUCCUUGCUAUUCUGGGAUUUAUCAACAUAUUCAUGCGACCCUUAGCUGGCCUAAUCUCAGGGCACAGCUUCUUCUCAGGGAAAUACAUUUACGUAUUUAGCUUUGCCGUACUCAUCAAUGGUCUGAGUGACUGCAUUUGCGUCAUCUCUGCAAGUUUCAAUGUGCUCCUUGUUUAUGUCGUAGCAUAUGGCAUAUCUAUGAGUUUCAUUGGGUCCCUGCUCUUCCAAGUACUGAUGGACACUGUUGAGAUACAGAGGUUUCCCAGUGCUCUGGGACUUGUUACCAUAAUGGAAAGUGUGACUAUCCUCAUUGGGCCACCGUUAACAGGCCUCAUUGUGGAUACUACCCUGGAGUACAAGUACGUAUUCUACGCCUGCAGCGCCGCAGUGGCAUCCUCUGCAGUCUUCAUGGGUGUGUCCACCUACCUUUUAGAGGGCAAAGAGAGCAAGAUCAGCACAACACAGGACCACUCGCCAGUUUUCUCACCAGAAUGUCAAUACACUGGGAUGGAGCAGGAAAGGGUCCUUGUGCAGAGGAGAAGCACAGAGACGAUCUACAUCACCAGCGUUUGAAGCCACUACAGAUGUCUGAUGUGGAAAGCGUUUCACCACAGUGAGCUUUGGUCUACGUAGAAUUAUUUUAGCGCCCUCUCCAAGUGGCAUCAUACCGUAAUAAUAAAUCCAAUGACGUAGAAACCCCAUUGAUGCUUUACCAAUCAUGGUGCUUCAGCAGAUAACUUGUCCAAAAAUGAGAAGAAAUAUUCUGAUCAUGUGGUGAGAAAUCACAGGCCUUAUCUGCAAGGAUGGGUUGCUGUGUCCAAGAAGAGGGGCGUGCAAAUGUUUCGGACUGUCUGAAGACUGCAUUAUGUGAGCGAACAAGAUUGUAAAAAAAAAUCUUUUUGGUGAAAAGAAUAUUCAACGCAACCAAGACUAUCAAGUCCUGCUCACCAAACAUCCAAAAUUACAUGGAGAUCUGAAGGUCCACAUGGUGCUGCUUUCAACUACACUGCCUUUUCUGGAAUUCUUUGUGUAAAAGAAAUUUUGUUACAGUUCCCCACCUUUGCCUCAGUGACCUUGUGGAAAAAUCCAUUUCAGAUUAACAGUUGGCGUCCUUCCAUAAUUCCAAAUUUACAAACCCACACCAAAGUUGACCACAGUGUGGAAGCGAGAUAAAACGUGGGCGGAGGUGUUCAACUCUUCAACCUUCCAGCUUUCCACUGGCAGACUUUGAAGUGAAAGAUGAUUUGUGUGUGGUACUCAGCCAUAACUUGGGCACUUUUAGAGGCCAAGUUACAUUUUCAGAGAAACGUAUGAUGAACAUUUGUUAGAUUUGGUAACUCCUUUCAAUUUGAUAUCAUUGCCAGCCAAAUGUCAUGACCUGUGAAUGUCGUCUUCUGUUUACGAAAAGAGUGCCUAGCGUCAAGUCAUCAUCGGAGAGUUCAUAUUCCGCUAAUUAAAGAAAAAAGAACGAAUGACGCCAAGGGAUGGUCCCUUCAGCCUGAGAUCGUCAAGUUCACAGAAACAUUUUUUUACUUCCGAGAAUUGCAUUUUCUUUAGGCAUUGCCAAGAUGACGAAUGGCCGAUAUAACCACCAUGGCACUCGGAGGCAGAGAUGAGUGGCAAGCAGUUGAAAUGAAGCUGUGUUGGGGCAUAGAAUUAAAACCUGUAAUGACCCCGUAACAAUUUCAAAUUUGAGGAUGAAGUGCAUGGGCGGCACGGUGGCGCAGUGGGUAGCGCUGCUGCCUCGCAGUAAGGAGAGCCGGGUUCGCUUCCCAGGUCCUCCCUGUGUGGAGUUUGCAUGUUCUCCCCGUGUCUGCGUGGGUUUCCUCCCACAGUCCAAAGACAUGCAGGUUAGGUGGACUGGCGAUUCUAAAUUGUCCCUAGUGUGUGCUUGGUGUGUGUGUGUGCCCUGCGGUGGACUGGCACCCUGCCCUGUGUUUGUUUCCUACCUUGCACCCUAUGUUGGCUGGGAUUGGCUCCAGCAGACCCCUGUGACCCUGUAGUUAGGAUAUAGCGGGUUGGAUAAUGGAUGAAGUGCAUUGUCUUUAAUGCUCAAGCGGACUUGACUCAACCUUGAUGGUCGACCACUACAGACUGGGAAUGUUUUGUUUUUUGAUUUUUUUUUUCCCAAUAGGCCGUGAUGAUGUUUGCAUAAACUUUGCAAGGUUUACGCCUGGUCAAAGCACUUAACUUGUAUAACACUAAACUGUUGUUUUAAAAACAGACACAAUUAAUGCCCACUAUAAUGUUAAAUAUCAAGGACCUUCAUCCUGCACAUAUGGAUAAUGUGAGGGCCUACACAUUUUUAACAGUUUCCCACAUUUUCCAGAUGCAGAACCUGUUAGAUGGAAUAUAUUUUUCUCUGUCAGUCCAUCCAUUUUAGGUCCUGCGUAAUAUGAAUUAAGGUUGCGGGGAGCCAGAGCCUAUCGUGGAAGCAGUGAGCACAGGAAACCUGGCUGGGAUGUUAAUGAAUUGUAGGCCAUGCUCGCUCAUAUGGGGCCAGUUUAAAGGACAUCAGUCAAACUAACAUGCCGGUCUUUGGCGUGUGUCAGUAGAAACGGACUAUAGAGAGAGAACCAGUGAUGUAAACAUAAGGUAACCACUUUUCAAAAUGAUUAAAAGAACAUCAGAACACUAGCACAGGCCAUUCAUCCCAACAAAACCCACCAGUGUUAUCUACGGGGUGUCAAACUCCGGUCCUGGAGGUUCCACAGUAGCAGCAGGUUUUCAUUCUAACCUUCUUCUUAAUUAGUGACCUGUUUCUGCUGCUAAUUAACUUCUUUUGCCUUCAUCUUAACUGACUUCACUCAGGCCCCUUAGUUGUCUCCUUUUCCUUAAUGAGCAGCCAAACAAUAAGGAGACACCAAAUGAGCCAGCCACGUGACCAUCUCACCCGUGCCCAUCACACAAUAUCUGAAAAUAAAGAAAGGUGAAGGUCUCAGUAAGGUUGAUCUCUCAGGUCACCAAAACAUUUUGACAAUGCUCUUAGAACAAACAGAAAAAUCAACAGUUAUGGAAAUGUCUGCUGUGGAAGAAUGAGAGCAGCAACAAGCCAUGGAAUUCAAUAAUGGGUUUAAUUAACAGCAAGAAUCGGCUUCUCAUUAAGAAACUGGUUCGAGUGAAAUUGGUUGGCAUUUGAAGCCCCAAUUUAGCUGGUCAAUUGUUGGCUUGUUUCACAUCUUAUUUCUGUUUGAAUGGAUUCUUUUCCUCAUUAAAUGGCAGCCAGAGGGUCGAAUCUUUAAAAACCGGCCUACUAAAAUGAAGGGAAAAGAAGUUAAUUAGCAGUGAAAACUGGUCACUGAUUAGGAGAAGGAGUAGAAUGAAAACCCUGCAGUCACUGCGGCCCUCCAGGCCCAGAGUCCAACACCCGUGUUCUAAAGUAACCUCAAAACUGAAGUCGAGUUUUGAAGGUCCCUAAAGUCUGACCACACUACUUGGUCUCAUAUUCCAUGUGUCUGUAGUUCUUUAUGUGAAGAAAAACUUCCUAAUGUUUUUGUGAAAUUUCCCCUUAACAAGUUUCCAACCGUGUCCCCGUGUUCUUGAUGAAGUCAUUUUAAAGUCACCGUCUCGAUUCACUGGACUGAUUCCCUUCAUCGUUUUAAGCACUUCAAUCCUGUCGCCUCUUAAUCUUCUUUUGAUUAAAUUGAAUGUAAUGUUUGAGCUAUACCUCUCGUUCCAAACUCUCGAGACGCCCACCUCUCACUGCUGAUAUUUAUUCCCACCAGUAAGGUUUGGGGGGCUUUGGGUGACCCCUAACUGCAGUUAGAUGCCUAGAUAAUUCAACAAGUUAGAAUUAAAACGUUUGUGUUUUAUCUGCCUUAGUCCAGACGCACUCAGUUGUAUUUUGUUUAAAAUGUUUGUGGCUUAGUUAAAAAAAAUGCAUUAUUUGUACGAGUUUCUUUGUUAACGUUUCUUUUCCUCGUCUCAAUGUCAAGUCCGUUAUCACUGGGAGCUUGGGCCUAUCCCGGCGGCUCCAGCCAUUUACAGAGUGCCAGUUUUAUCACAGUUCCCAGUAUCAGGGAGUGAAUGUGCAAACUCUACAUGGACAAUCAAACCCAGGAUGUGGGCUCCGUGAAGCAGCAUCGUGACCCCCUGCACCACCAUGCCAUCCCAAAAUGAUUUCUUUAUUAAACGAAAUAAUUAUGAGGGACUGAUUAAAUGAGAAGUCAAGCAAAAUGACACAUUUCAUUGGCUAACUGAACAGAUUACAAUAUGCAAGAAUAAUGGCUAACACUGUAAAACUGCCCACUACUAGGGACUGAUUAAAAAUAUAACUUUCCUUCUUCUUUCGGCUGCUCCCGUUAGGGUUUGCCACAGCGGAUCAUCAUUUUCCAUAUCUUCCUGUCGUCUGUUACACCCAUCGCCUGCAUGUCCUCACUCCCCACAUCCAUAAACCUUCUCUUAGGCCUUCCUCUUGUCCUCUUGCCUGACAGCUUUAUCCUUAGCAUCCUUUUCCCAAUAGACUCAGCGUCUCUCCUCUGCACAUGUCCAAACCAAAGCCUCUGUGACUUUGUCUCCAAACCGUCCAACCUGAGCUGACCCUCUAACAUCCUCAUUUCUAAUCCUGUCCAUCCUCGUCACACCCAAUGCAAAUCUUAGCAUCUUUAACUCUGCCACCUCCAGCUUUGUCUCCUGUGCCACCAUCUCCAACCCAUAUAGCAUAACUGGUCUCAGUACCGUCCUGUAGACCUUCCCUUUCACUACAGCUGAUACCCGUCUGUCACAAGUCACUCCUGACACUCUUCUCCACCCUGCCUGCACUCUCUUUAUCACCUCUCUUCCACAAUCCCUAUUACUCUGUACUGUUAAUCCAAAAUAUUUAAAUUCAUCCACCUUUGCCAACUCUACUCCUUGCAUCCUCACCAUUCCUCUGACGUCCCUCUCAUUCACACACAUAUAUUCUGUGGUGGUGGUCCUACUGACCUUCAUUCCUCUUCUCUCUAGAGCAGAUCUCCACCUCUCCAGGGUCUCCUCAACCUGCUCUCGCUACAGAUCACAAUGUCAUCAGCAAACAUCAUAGUCCAAGGGGACUCCUGUCUAAUCUCGUCUGUUAACCUGUCCAUCACCAUUGCAAAUAAGAAAGGGCUCAGAGCCGAUCCCUGAUGUAAUCCCACUUCCGUUGCUCCUACUGCAGACCUCACCACUGUCACACUUCAUAUCCUGUACAACUUUUACGUACUUCUCUGCCACUCCUGACUUCCUCACACAAUACCACAGCUCCUCUCUCCUCACCCUCUCAUUUGCUUUCUCCAGGUCCACAAAGACACAAUGCAGCUCCUUCUGGUCUUCUCUGUACUUCUUCAUCAACAACCUCAGAGAAAAAAUAAAAAUUCUGCUGGCCCUCACGACUUACCUACCCAGACGUUAACAGAUUUGGUGGUGUGCCCACUUGCCACAAACUCUGUAACCUGACCUACCUCCUCCUUGUCCUGCCAGCACAGUCUUUAUGUCUGACUCAUUUCCCAACUCCAAGCUCAGAGGCACUUUGGCUCAAAGGGGCUUUUAAAACCCUGGCCAGAAACCACUUUCAGGGGAAGUCCCUGAGACCAUUUCCGGCGUCACAAACGUCUUGGGGAAGUUUGAUUUUAUUUAACAAUUGGCCACAGCUGUGUUUGUUCACCGUGGCCAUCGUGUGGUAAACAGCGUUUCUCCCUUAUCUGGAAAUUCAGAUGUGCUGAUAGCAUAGAAGAAAAAUACUUGAGGAAACUCGGCUGGUCGUCUCGUUGCAGAGGCCUGCAGCAGAUGGGUCUCACUUUGCCUAAUGCUGUUUAGUUGAUCAAUGCCAACCUCAACUUCACCCGUAAAAGACGUAUUCUCAAGAUUCUCUACUUUUAUUUUUGUCAAGUAAAUUAAAUGUCACAUUCCUUGCAUGCCUCUCUGUGGAGAAAUUGCUUAAACCUGAGCAGAGUCGACUCCCCUGUCCGUGUUCAUUUUUAAAAAUGAGUUUGGUUUUUUAUGAAGUGGAUGUCAUACAACUCUCCCCGUUAGCUUUCCUCUGUUUAUUCCAGUUUUCAUUCCAGAUCCCUUGCAUAUGUAAACUUAAAGGAAUACGCCACAUAAAAAUGAUAUUUUAUUAGUUGUAGCUUAGUAGUGAAAAAUUUUUACGCUCGUAUUUUCAUGCAGAGCCAAGUGAAAAGGUUCUGAUAGAACAAGGGGCUACGGUGAGCAACGCUGGACAACAGCAAACAAAAUUCAAAAAGUCCACGAAAAAAACACGGCACAAUACUCGUGUCGCUUAAUCCAACGUUUCUCAACCAACUGGGUCAGGUCACGGGCUGCCAUUGUUUAUAUUGAUGGUGGGUCACGGUGGGUUGCCACUCUGACAAUCUUUCUCGAAUUUUCCAAGUGAGGGAAGACCCCGUUUCCCCUGCACUGCUCAACACAUUCGAUUCACCACAACCCAAAAACAAGCUCUGACGAUCAUGCUCGAUUUGCCAAGGGGGUAGGUUGCGUGCAUCAUGCAGACAGACGCCUAUGUGGGGAAAAAGUGGGUGACGACACCUAAAAGUUUGAGAAACACUGGCGGAAUCCGCACGUGAAGUGGUCUAGUCUAAUAUUUGCAACGUCCCAAACAUGCUAGUGUUAUUAAACUAUUGUUAAAUUAGCCACUUUUGAAAAAUACUCUCGUGAACGAAAAUAUGUGCUCAGACACACUCGAGGAUUUGGAUUGUGGACCCAACUCCCCCGCCUCUCCAGGCCAGUAAUUAACUGGCUAACGUCGCACCUCACGUGAUGUCAACAAAAAGCGUACGCUGAGAAACACGCAAGACUAACAUCAGGAAGAGAAUCCGCCUCAGACUUGUGCAAAUCUGCGAUGCUUCAACAGCCGGAAGGCGAGUCCACCAUUUGGGAUAAAUGAAUCCCAAAGCACUCCACCUGUGACCAUGAACGGAAUUGUAACGACGGCAGUUCAAGUGCUCUUUCACGUCUCGAGCGUAUUCCAUUUUCAACCAUGAGAACGUUUACCAAAAGACGCUAUGUAGCUGCGUUUACGCAAAAUUAGCGAGGUUCUGUGGCUUUAGUUUUGCUGCACGGGAUUCUGGCAACAGCGUGACACGUUGAAAUGAUUCCACAGACAAAAUAUUUUCAUUUGUUGAAAAAGUUUAGUAAAAAAUUUUGAGGUAAAACAGUUCACACAAAAAUAGAGAAAAAAGAUGGUAGAGCGAAGUAAAGAAAAGUCCUCGUUGAAAGAAAAUUCAGAUUAUGGCCUUUAUCUUGUUUGUUUCUUUAAGUUUGCGCGUAUUAAAUGUUCAAAAGCUGUAUGCCUAUCUCGUUUACAAACUACAGAUGUGUCUUUCUGUCCAUGUAGCAGUGUGCUUAUUCCAAACGGACUUAGUUAACACUGUAGUACAGGAAUAGCCAAGAUGGUUCUGUUUCACUUCAACUACGGGGAUAAAAGGCUAUACCAUAAUCUACGCAAGAAAAUUAUAUUCUAUUCAAAUUAAGCAAACACUAAUUAAUAAGAGUUUAACUUAAAGUAUGAACUCUCUAAGAUUGGCUCUUACAGGUUUAUUUAUCAGUAUUUUAGUAAAAAUGCAUGUUUGGGACAUUGUGAGCAUACAACUGGACGACUUGAAAUAUGAAUUACGGGACACAAGGAAUGUAAGAUUUUUGUUCUUGGACGCUUUCGAUAAUUCUUUGCUGUUGGUCACCAGGAAAACGUGCAUAGAAACUUCACUUCGUCACUAUAAACUGCAUGAGGUAAAUAACAUUUAAAAUGAAUAUAUAUUAUUUUUGGGUGGCAUACUCCUUAAAGCGGCCCGGUAUGAGUGAGUGAGUGUACCCUUCCAGUGGACUAUCCUCCGCCACGACACUAAACUGCAGACGUGGAUUUGGAGGGAUGGAUCAGUGGCUGACUUUUUCUCCUUUACUGAAGUAAAAAUGUCAAAUUGUAAAUGUGGCCAAUUUCACGAAGCUAGAAUGUUUCAUUUUAGGAAGGCCUCCAGACCGGCAGAUUUGACACCCAAAAGAAGCCUGUUGUCAAGUCACAUGAGGG